GAAAAUGACAUCACUUCCGCCUGUACUUCCUGGAGCCACAACCCUCAGACGUCGACUUCAAAACGCUUCCGUAAAAUAUUCCACUCCGGUGCGUACUGCUCCGUUUUCAGUGUACUAGCUAGUAUACGACGUUUUUGGAAAUAUUGUUCAACAUUUAUCUAAAUAGAAUGAAGGCCAAGGGAUUUGCAGUUACCCAUCACCUGUAAAGGUAAAGCGUUAGUUAGCAGGUUACGGACAACUAACCUAGUUCUUUUACUCGCCAUUUCGGUAAGAGCUACGACCCGAAAUUAUUUUAAUAGCAGGUUAGGAGGGCAGUUUUGCCAUCCCUAAUUAUUUUUCAUAACCGUAACCAAAUUGUCCUAACCUGCUACAUUGAUUCUCAUAACCCGUUGCGUAAUACUUUGUACUAAUCUGCUACGAAAAAGUAACUUCCGGUCGUAACUGUAUCGAAGUGGCGCUGUAUCGAAGAGUUUCUCAUGGUUAGAUAGCUACAUCUCCAAAUACGAUGUAGGCAUUUGGCUAGGUAAUUUAUAUAGUGGAAAUUACAUUAUCUGUCUAGUUCAUGUGGAGAGGAAUGUCAUCGGGGUGUUUUUGAUUACUUUGUCUUUGUAGAGACAUUGGUGCAAAAUGGAUGUUGACGUUAAACUAGAGGAAGAUGAGAGGGAGAUAUCCCAUACAGUAAUUUGGUCUGAUUCGAUUAAUGCCUGGAUAGAUUACCCAAAUUCAACAUUGUCAGAAAACACAGAAACAGGUUACCAUGUGGGUUUACUGAAAGAGCAUUCACAUGUACCUCCCAUCAGUCCCCAAACAACAAGCCACAGGCAGAUUUUACGUAUUUUUCCUGAAAUGACCGGAGCAAGUGAUGGGGAGAACAGGGCUGUCAAACUGGUUUAUUUCUGUAAAGAUCAAGAUACCAUCGGCACAUCUGAAGGGAAUUCAAUCAAGGAACAGUCAUGGCAUUUAGCGCCGUCCAGUGAUAUUCUGACAGGACAUGCAUCCACUUUCAGUGGCUAUUUUGAAGCUCAAAUCAACCCAACUUCACAGGUUUCUAGCCAAACACAGACCAAUAAUAAAUUGCCCUCUGACAAUGUUAAUAUCCCAAGCCCUAGUACUGCCAUUCAUUCUGUGCUAACCUCACCUGCUACAGAAAGCGACUGUCAUUUAGCUGUAUCUACUAGACCUAUUCUUCCAGAAUAUUGUGAGCCAUUGAACUUUCCCUCUGAUGAAGAGGAAGACUACAAUGCCAAUUUAAGUCCAAGACAACAAUGCCGGAAAACGUUAGAGGAUAAAUGGAUACGUCAGUGUCGUGGCAGUUACUCAAGACCCAACCUAAGAAAGUUUGGGAGAUAUUGGAAAGAUCCAUACGUCAAGUGCAAGGAGAUCGGUGUAGAUUUCAAUGUUGGAUCUGGAGCGAAACAGAAACUUCAUUUGCAUUUACUGACAGUUGGUGUAAUGCUUGAGGUGUCAGAAUAUGCUAGAAACAUUAAUAGAUCUCGCCCUCAUGUUAUCUUUGAUAUUCUAGAUUACAACUUUGUUCUUGGUGUACAAAAUGAACAACAAUAUGACUUUUCUAACAGGGUAGAAAAUAAAUUAAAAGAAAUGCUGAAGAUUCGUUCUAAGAGAACACCUGAGUGGUUAACAGAAGUCUUUGACCUUCCUGAUCCAAAGACAGUUACAGUUUUGGAAUACUCCCUUAAAUGGGCACAGUUGUAUUUGCAAAACAGCUUGUCAAAUCCUACACCUUUUGACGUUUGCAUAAAGGAGGAGCCUGUUGUAGGCCUGAUCUCUCCUCUGCAUGUGACGACUGAGAGCUUCUCCACUGAGACAGAUGUGACACAGUGUGCUGAUGAGACGGCAAUCCUUGGCCCUGAAAAUGGACGUAAUGAUACCUGCACAAGGCCUUAUAUGGGCAUCGUCCGUCCUCAACAUGUCCAGGCGGAAACCUUCCCAACUCAGACAGAUAUAACAAUGGAUCAAUCCUUCAUGAUGCCCACUGUAGAAGAAGCAUUGAGGGAACUCUACCCAAUCUGCAAGGGAAAAGGACUUGACCUUGUUGUGAAAUCAAAAUAUGGGAAAAAUAAGAAACUUGACUUGCAUCUAUUGACCAGAGAUGUAAUGUUUGAAUUGGCUGAUUUUGCCUCACAAGUGUGUGGAAAUUGGAAGCAGGUUGUGUGUGAGGUUCUCGAGCAUAAUUUUGAUUUGGAUUUAAAAAGUGGGAAAACUGAGCUGGCCGAAGAUAUUAUGGGAAGGUUAAAAGCAGUUUUACAGCGCAAGACGGGUAAACACGGUAUAUGGAGAUUGGAACUUGAAAAUGAAGCUUUCUUAAAGAAGUCACGUAAACGAAAGAACCCUGCGGAGAUGUCCACUAACCAGAAGGUCACUACAGCAUCACUUGAGCCAAAAUACCAAAUGAAUGAAGUAUCAAAAAGGAGGAGAUUGAAUUUAAUGAGCAAGAAGAAAGACAUGGACAUGUUAGUAACCAAGGAGACCGAGGGAGGCCAUUUCUCUGAAGUAGUACAAAUAGAACCUCGUCUUGUCAAAAUAGAGAGAAUCUCUGAUGAGACUGACCUGGCACUUUGUACUGACGAAACAAAGCAAAUUGUCGUUACCAACUUGGACCAAUCAAAUGUGACGUCUCACACCAAAAAUAUGGUGAAAGCCAAAGCGUGCUACCCACUCUGUGAGGAAAUAGGUCUGGACCUUGAUGUCACAUCCAAACCAUCUAAAAAGAAACUGGAAUUGAAUUUACUGACAAACGGUGUAAUAUUUGAGGUGCAUAAAUAUGCAGGGAUAAAAUCCAAUCGUCAAAAAAAAAAAAGUGGGUACAUUCUCGUUGAUAUUCUAAAAUACAAUUUUGAUCUUAGUUUGCAAAAUCAGAGACGUAAUCUAUUUCCACUGCAUAUUUGCUGUAAAGUGAAACGAUUGGUUCAGAAACACAAAUCUGAGCUCGUGAGAAAAAGAGAAAUCUCAAAAGAGGUGUUCAUAAUACCGAGUGUGCUUAAAAGCCAAGCAAAAACAAAUGUGCUUUCAGAAAAAAAUAUGGAACGAAACGCAAGGCUGGUUUAUCCUCAUCAUGGUAAAGACACUAUCUCUGUGGAGACAGCUGAAACAGUCUCCACUGAUGAAGCAGCGAUGCUUGACCGGGAUAAUGGACCUGCUGAGAUCUGCAUAAAGGAGGAGGAGGAGGAGGAGUAGUCAGAUCUUCACUCUGAGGUCAAACGGGUUUAUUUCUGCAAAGACCAAGAUACCGUCAGAACAUCUGAAGAGCAUUUGAUCGAAGAUGGAUCAUGGCAUGAAUCAACACCCAGUAAUAUUCUGCCUGGAAAUGUGUUCAGCCUUCCACAGGCACCACUACCAGCUGCAGAAAGUGGUCCUUUCGGAAGUAAAACCGAGCCAACUUCACAGAUAUAACCAGACGGUCCAAUGCAGAAUCACUCGAGACAAAAUACCAUAGACUUGACCGAAGUAACCAGGGGAAAAAAGGGAUUUAAUGAGAAUAAAUACAUGUUUAUAGCCAAGAAGGAAAAGAAAGUUGUCAGACAAGUAGAACCUCAUUGAGAUGAGAUGGACCUGCCAGGGAAAAGAAAAGCAAUUCCUUUACUUCCUGACUGAGAUCUCAGGGGGGGAAAGAUACAAGAUGGGAAGAAAAGUCUGAUCUGCUCGCUGUGAAACGCCAGUUUCUCAUUUGCCUGAAAAAAAAAUGAGAAAAAGAUUGAUAUUGUUAUAUGUGAUGAAGUGCAACACGGUGGAUUCUUACCGAAGUUUCAAAAUGCUUUGUAGUCGAGACUGGUUCUGAGAAGAAAUGCUAAUAAAUCCUUGCUGGAUACAGAUCAGGGGGCUAUUGAAAAUCUGCAAAAGGCUAAGUCAUAAAGUCCCUCAGUUCAAGAAGACGACUCGUACCUGGGAAUGGCUCUGGACUAAUUACAAAAAAACUGUUUAAAAUCACUGCAGAAAGCAGAGACAACAAGAGUUUUGCCAAAACUAAGAACACUUGUUGAUCACUUGUGUGGUAGAGAGAAACACCCAGAAUCAGUCUGGACAGGAUGGAGCUUCAGUCUGGACAGGAUGGAGUUUUAGUCUGGACAGGAUGGAGCUUCAGUCUGGACAGGAUGGAGUUUUAGUCUGGACAGGAUGGAGUUUUAGUCUGGACAGGAUGGAGUUUUAGUCUGGACAGGAUGGAGUUUUAGUCUGGACAGGAUGGAGUUUCGGUCUGGACGGGAUGGAGUUUCAGUCUGGACAGGAUGGAGUUUCAGUCUGGACAGGAUGGAGCUUAAGUCUGGACAUGAUGGAGCUUCAGUCUGGACAGGAUGGAGCCUAACUGUGGAAAAACAGAAACUGACUGAUACACACAUUACAAUGACAAAUCAAUGACCAGAUUGGCAACGAGCUCCAGCUACUCAGCAUCACUCUGACUAUUUGUGCUGGUUGGCUUCUGUCGCAGCUGAAGGGAGGACAUUGUGUUUUAAAGUCUAUGACUUAACUAGCUUCAUAUAUUGGGCUGCCUUUAUCCCAAUAGUUUCACAGUUUAAAAACGUGUGUUUUCAAAUGACUGUAUGCUACAUUGAUCUUUGGAUCACACUUGGAAUGUGAAAGGUUUCCUAGUGUCAGUUUUAGGUCUCCCUGAAGUCCGUAGACUUCCACUCUAUUAGUCACCCUAGAACACAGUCAACGAGCCUAACGGAGAUGUGUAUUCAUUAGGGAUAUACUGUAGCUAAAUGUUUAAUGGAGGGCUACGCUAGCGUUUCUUGGACCAAUUCAGAAAUUGGUACACAAGAAGGAGUAGCACUAGUCUUUUUAGGAUUAGGUGAAAAUAGGGAGACAAUGUAUUUGUAUUAAGGGUUUAGUCUUUGAAUGGUGGAUUUGUGCAGAUUCCCUUGGCCUUCCUUCCUGUUUAACUCUUGAUGUCUGGUCUUGCUGUAGAGACUGAACACAGCAGGAUUAUUGCUAGACUUUUUUUUUGUUUUCUUAACUAUUUUACGACGUAUUCAUUGACGAAACGAACUCCACUACAAAUACAAGCCUCAAUAGAAGAACCUCUGAUCCUUUUUUAGUUAGAAAUAAAAAGACAAAGAUGUUUUAUUUUCUAAGAGUAUGUAGCAUUAGUGAAAUAACCUACUAUGAUGGAUCAUAUUUUUUAUUUUUUAUCAGUGGGCUAUUUUGUUUUUUUUGUUCCUUUUUUUGUGGAAAGAUUUAGAGACUGUAUCCAGACCUGUCUUACUGUUACCAAUAUGUUCAUUUUUUUGUGGAAAGAUUUAGAGACUGUAUCCAGACCUGCCUUACUGUUACCAAUAUGUUCCUUUUUUUGUGGAAAGAUUUAGAGACUGUAUCCAGACCUGCCUUACUCUUACCAAUAUGUUCCUUUUUUGAACAGGGAGUUAUUCUACCGUAAACUAAGAUUAUUUUUAUGUAUUUUUUCGUUUUGUUUUUAAAGGAUACUUCCUCUGACAUUCUUAGAGCUGUCAUUUUAUUGUGAGGAACUGCAGUUCGAUCGGAAUAGUUGUUCUGUUUUUGUCCUCUGUUUUGUGAGUGACCCUCUCACUCAGUCAACUCGUCUCAGUGCACAAGUCUCCCCUUCUCCAGACACCGCGUAUGAAUCAGAAUCCGUAGCUAGUUGUGACACGUGAGCCUCUGGAUGAAAAGCAGAGUAUCCCUAAAGCAGUGUGGUCGUAUCAGCCCCCCAUGUUGGACUAAACUCUACACAAGUGAAAACCCCAAAUCCCUAAAGAUCCUCUAUUUGCCAAACUAGAGGGACAUGAAGUCUGACUCCUUCCUCAACAUGUGGACCUGCCCUGAGGAUGUUGGACACCACUGUUACACCUUCAGCCUUGUUGAUUUCCUGUCAGACUGGUUGUUUUUCAACUCCAUUCCACGGACGGACUGACCUGAAAUUUUACCAGAACAGGAACACAAUGUUCAUCAGACUCUACUCAGACUGGUCGUCUUUGAACUCAAGAGGAACACAAUGUUCAUCAGACUCUACUCAGACUGGUCGUCUUUGAACUCAAGAGGAACACAAUGUUCAUCAGACUCUACUCAGACUGGUCGUCUUUGAACUCAAGAGGAACACAAUGUUCAUCAGACUCUACUCAGACUGGUCGUCUUUGAACUCAAGAGGAACACAAUGUUCAACAGACUCUCUCCUCACCAGUGGACUGACUACUGAGACUGGUUGUGAGGUCACAGGAAAUAGAGUGAUCUGUUAGGAGGGAUGCAGGUUUGUUCUCCUGAUUUAGAUGAUGGUUAUAAGGAGAGUUCAGGUCGUAACCAGUCCACUGAGAUGAAUGUAGAUGUCGACACCCUGGCCAAUAUAAAAGGCUUUGGAGAGGGACCACGCUUUCAGGAGAAGGAUAACUGACAUUUACUCCUGAGGUGUCUGACUUGUUGCACCCUCGACAACCACUGUGAUUAUUAUUAUUUGACCCUGC